AUGAAUUCAUGUCAAUGCACUUUACACUGUAAAAGCCGACAACUCAAUGACUUCAUGUCCAUAAAUAUUCAUUUGGUCAAAAAAGAACAAAAAAAACUUAAACAUUUACGGCAUCAUCGAAGUUUGAAAUUAACAUCCAUCGGUGAGUCGUCGCAGUUUUGGGUUUUGCGAAAUGUCAAUGAACCCGGGCAAAUAUUGAAAAAUAUGUUUCCGUAUGAAUGGAAAUUUUUUAUUAAAUAA